UUCUGAAGAGCGAGAGCCAAGAGGCCAACAGUGCUUUGCACUCCGCAGUGUUGGACUGCACAAAGCGCCGCCUCGCUAUCCGACGAGCGCCACCUCCUCUUCUCCUGCAGCGUCCACGCCUCCCUCCCUCACGCCUCGCCUCGCCUCGCCCGCCCACUCACUCCACUCCCCCCCGCAGCCGCCGCGCGCGCCCGGCCGCCGCGGUGGUGGCGGCGGCGGCGAUGGAUUCGCUGCGCCUCCGGCCGUCGCUCCUCGCCGCGCGGGCCCCCGGCGCGGCCUCGCUGCCGCCUCUCCGGCGAGAUCACUUUCUACCACCUUUAUGUUCUAUCCAUAGAAAUGGUAAACGGCCAGUUUCUUUGUCCAGCCAAAGGACCCAAGGUCCUUCCUUCGAUCAAUGUCAGAAAUUCUUUGGUUGGAAAUCCUCCCACCACAGGAUACCACAUCGACCAACAUCUAGUUCCGCUGACGCUUCGGGACAACCUCUACAAUCUUCAGCUGAAGCACAUGAUUCAUCAAGUAUAUGGAAGCCAAUAUCAUCUUCUCUGGAUGCAUUUUACAGGUUUUCUCGGCCACAUACUGUCAUAGGAACAGCACUUAGCAUAGUCUCAGUUUCGCUGCUAGCUGUUGAGAAUUUGUCCGAUGUGUCUCCCUUGUUCCUCACUGGUUUGCUGGAGGCAGUGGUAGCAGCUCUUUUCAUGAACAUCUAUAUCGUUGGAUUGAAUCAGUUGUUCGACAUUGAGAUAGAUAAGGUUAACAAGCCAACUCUUCCAUUAGCAUCUGGGGAAUAUUCUCCUGCAACUGGAGUUGCACUUGUAUCAGCCUUCGCUGCUAUGAGCUUUGGCCUUGGAUGGGCUGUUGGAUCACAGCCUCUGUUCCUGGCUCUUUUCAUUAGCUUUAUUCUUGGAACAGCAUAUUCGAUUAAUCUGCCAUUCCUGAGAUGGAAGAGAUCUGCUGUUGUUGCAGCACUUUGCAUAUUAGCAGUCCGUGCAGUGAUUGUUCAGCUGGCAUUUUUUCUCCACAUUCAGACAUUCGUAUUCAGAAGACCAGCAGUCUUUACCAGGCCAUUGAUUUUUGCAACUGCAUUCAUGACCUUUUUCUCCGUUGUAAUAGCAUUGUUCAAGGAUAUACCUGAUAUUGAAGGAGACCGUAUUUUUGGUAUCAAAUCUUUCAGUGUUCGAUUAGGUCAAAAGAAGGUUUUCUGGAUUUGUGUUGGUCUGCUCGAGAUGGCUUAUUGUGUUGCAAUAUUGAUGGGAGCUACUUCUGCCUGUUUGUGGAGCAAAUACGCAACUGUGGUGGGACAUGCAAUCCUUGCGGCAAUCCUAUGGAACCGCUCACGGUCGAUUGAUCUGACAAGCAAAACUGCAAUCACUUCUUUCUACAUGUUUAUCUGGAAGCUGUUCUACGCGGAAUACCUUCUCAUUCCUCUUGUAAGGUGACAAAGGCGAUUACUCCAGGGACGCAGGUAGAUUGGAAUUGGAUCAUGGCUGGAUGGAUGAACGGACGGCGCCCCAUAAAAUCACCUGCAAAUCACCCGGUACACAUGUUGACAUCCUGCAUCCAGAUAUGAUAUUGAUAGAUCAUCGUCGGCACCAUCAUUCCUCUGAAAGAUUUCGCACGGCAUUUCAACCUCCAACUCCCAACGUACCCCAAAAAAAGUAACUAGGCCAGGUGAGCAUCUGCUAGCCUAUAGUAGACGUUAUUGGAACAGUGGUAGUACUUGUUAGCAGCAGUAAUAAUAAUCAUCAUAAUAAAGCUCUGGGUUACUGUCCGCUCAGCUCAUCUCUCCUCGUAGGCUUCAAUUCCCGCCGUAGUCGCGUUUCAUCCAUGUAUAAAUACUUGCACAAGACAACCACUACCUUCCACCGCCAUUUGGCCGUGCGUGCCACACGUA